GUUCUCGGCUAAGGUCUCUUAAGUACUAUAUAUCAAAAAGACAGGGCAAGCGGUAUAGUCCGCUAAGGACACGUCGUGAUCGUGCGGUCCAUUUCGGGUGCUGCCAGGGCUCAGGAAGCUAUUUCUGUGUGCAGAUGAUUAGGUUUUUGCUUUAGCAUACACGCGUUGACCUGUGCACUAGCAAGGAGUUUUCCCAGGUGCUACAAUGCAGACCUUUGGCCCAAGGCCCGGCGCUCCACCAGGGGUAAUGCCACCACCACCUGGCGGCAUUGGUGCUCCUGUUGGGUUUCCAGGGCCACCUGGCGUGCCACCUCCUGGCCCCGGUGGCUACCCGCCUGCAAUGGCCCCUCCUCCUGGAAUGCCUCCUCCGCCGGGAGGCGUUCCAGCGGCCCCACUUAGCGCCUCGUUUGGCGCCAUGAACCUCGGCCCACCUGGGAUGCCGCUACCGCCUGGGGGCGCUCCCGUCCCCGGCGGUUUGCCUGUCAAGCCUCUAGGAGGAGCUCCCGCAGCACCCUCCUUUCCGCCUGGCCCGCCUGGUCCUGGGGGCAUGCCACCCAUGCCCGCCGGUCUGUCUACUCGGGGUAUGCCGCCCCCUCCGCCCGGUGGGUUCCCGCCUGGUCCCCCAGGGCCUGGGUCCAUGCCGCCUGGGCCGCCUGGCAUGCCGCCCCCUAGCGACGGACUGCAACAGCGGCCGUCUGCAGGUUUUCCCCCUGGUCCCCCAGGGCCGCCCGGCGCUGGGCCGCUAGGGCCGGGAUCUGUGCCCCUGAGCUUGCCCAACGUGCCUCCUCCGUCCAUGCACUCGGGUGGGCUAAUGGGAGUGCCGCCUGUACAAGCAGCCAAUGGACUGCACCCUGCGCCGCCAAGCGGCGCGGCGCCGCCCGGAAUGUACGGCGCCCCGCCGCCACCGCCUAUGCCGGGAAUGCCCGGCGGCAUGCCGCCGCCAGGCAUGCCAGGCGCGCCGGGGGGUCCGCCACCGCCUCCUGGCGCCUUCAUGCCGCCGCCACCUGGCAUGCCGAUGGGCCCGCCGCCGCCCACAACCAUGGCCCCGCCGCAGCAUGCCCCGCCGCAGCGCCCAGCGGUGCCACAAACGCCCCAGGCUUCAGGUGGAGGUCCCAGCCGCAUCGACCCCACCCAGAUUCCUCGUCCGGUGGCUCAACCCUCUUCCACGGAGCUCCUUGUGUUUGACACACGCAUGGCGGGCGCCCAUGCGGUGCCGCCGCCGGCCUCCUCGCGGUUCAUCGUGCGCGACCGUGGCAGCUGCUCUCCGCGCUACGUUCGCGCCACGCUUAACCACGUGCCGCACUCGCCCGAGCUGCUGAGCAAUUGCGCCAUGCCGCUGGCACUCGUGGUGUCGCCGCUGGCGCUUCCUGACCCCGGGGAUGACCCCAUUCAGAUGGUCGACGUUACGGAGGCGGGUCCCAUUCGGUGCGGCCGCUGCAAGGCCUACAUGAACCCCUGGGUGCGUUGGACGGGCUCGGGCCGCUCCUACACUUGCAACUUCUGCGGCCUCUCCAACACCACGCCCGACUACUACUUCUGCCACCUGGGUCCGGACGGCCGCCGGCGGGACGCAGACGAGCGCCCCGAGCUGUGCCGUGGCACGGUGGAGUACCUGGCCAGCAAGGAGUACGCGUUCCGCCCGCCCAUGGCGCCAGCGCACGUCUUCCUCAUAGACGUCAGCGCCGCCGCCAUCAGCUCUGGAGCCACAGCCUCCCUGUGUCGUGCAGUGGCCACGGCGCUGGACCGCAUCCAGGGCGGUUCCCGUGCGCUGGUGGGCAUUGCCACCUUCGACACCUCGGUGCACUUCUACUCGCUGCGGUCGCCCAGCUCCACGCCGCAGAUGCUGGUGAUGUCGGACGUGUCGGACGUGUUCGCGCCCGCCAGCGGCAAGCUGCUGAUGGAGGUGGAGGCGCAUGCGGCGCAGCUGAAGGAGCUGCUGGAGGGGCUGCCGGGCAUGUGGGCCAACAACCGGGUCAACGAUAACUGCGCAGGUGCCGCCAUUGAGGCUGCUAUCGACCUGCUGAAGCCGUACGGCGGGAAGGUGCAUGCCUUCGUGGCUUCGCUGCCCUCCGUGGGUGUGCACGCGCUGAAGCAGCGGGAUGCGGCGAACAUCGGCGAGAAGGACAAGCUGACCUACCUGACAAGCCAGGACAACACCCUGCGCUCGCUGGCCGCCACCGCCGCCGACCACAACGUGGCUGUCGACCUGGUGGUGCUCAGCCAAGCCUACUGCGACAUCGCCUCGCUGGCAGACCUCGCAACCACCACCGGAGGAACCGUCUACUCGUACGCGCCGUACAACGCGCUCGCGGACUUUGACCAGCUGGUCAACGACCUGUCGUGGAACGUGGCGCGGCAGCAGGGGCUGGAGGCGGUGAUGCGUGUGCGGUGCUCCAACGGCCUGGAUGUGGAGUCGUACUCGGGGCAUUGCUACAGGCCUCCCAACACGCCGGACGUCUUUCUGCCCGCCAUCGACUGCGACAAGGCGCUGCUGGCCAAGCUGGUUCUCACCGAGAAGCUAGCAGCCGGCUCCGAGUGCUACGUGCAGGCUGCGUUGCUGUACACCAACGUUGCGGGUCAGCGCGUCAUCCGGGUGCACACACUGGCCUUGCCCGUUACCGACAACAUAUCCACCGUAUUCAAGGGGGCGGAUCUGGACGCGCAGAUCUGCACGCUGGGUCGCCGUGUGGCCUCGGCGCUGCUGGGCCAGCAGACCCUGGGCGCCUGCCGCGAGAUGGUCAGCUCCACCGUGGUGGCCACUCUGUACGGCUACCGCCGCUACUGCGCCGCCUCCUCCUCCGCAGUGCAGCUCAUCUUGCCGGAGGCGCUCAAGCUGCUCCCGCUGUAUGCGCUGUCGCUGCUUAAGAGCGCGGGGCUCAAGGACAACGUGAAGCCCGACGACCGCGCUCUGUGGAUCACGCGCAUGGGCUGCCUGCCAUGCAGCCGCGUGGGGCCGCUGCUGUACCCCCGCCUGCUGCCACUGGCUCGCCUGCUGUCGGAGGCGCGCGAGGACAACGCAACGGCGGCGGAUGGCAACACCUUCGAGGGACAAACGCUCAGUAGCGAGAGUCUGGAGGCCGGCGGCGUGUCGCUGCUAGAGAACGGCUACGAGGCCAUUCUCUACAUCGACCGUGGUGCUUCUGGCCAGUUGCUGUACGACUUGCUUGGAGUGGCGUCGCAUGACGACCUCAGCCGCGUGCCCAACCUUGCGCUGCUUCCACGCGACAGCUGGCCCAGCCGGCUGCUGCAGGACUUGCUCACCAAGAUCCGGCUGCAGCGCUCUUCCUUCAUGCGGCUGCGUGUGGCGCGCAAGGGUGACCCCGCAGAGAGCGCUUUCUUCAACAUGCUGGUGGAAGACCGCUCCACGGCGGGCAUGAGCUACGUGGAAUACCUGUGCCAGAUACAUCGCCUCAUUCAGAACAAGAUGGCUUGAGGGGGUGGUGAAGGGAGGCAGGGUGUGGGUGUUGCAGGAUGGGAUGAAGCGGUCGGGGAGGCGGCGAAGUGGGAAGGCAAGGUUUCGCAUCUGGUCGAAGGAGGAUUGUGGGUUUGGGGAUAUCGGAUUAUAGGAGUGGUUGGCAGGUCUGGGAAAUGGAAGAUGGACAUUGGAGUACGCGGUGUUGGUGUCAGGCCUCACCUGGGGUUGGAUAUGGGUUUGCUGGACCUGCUGCACUGGAAAAGCUUGGCUUUAGUCUCGAGGAUGUUAAAACGGAAGGGCACGGGCAAGAGUUGGGAAGGGAUUGAGGGGCAGAGGAGAAACGUUCUAGGAGGGACACGUCCUAAGGGAAGACUAUCGGUAUCUUGCCACGCGAUCCACGCUGUCGGUGUCUAUCCACACUCUGAAGUGUAAGGGACACGGGGAGAAUUGGGUUAGACCGUGGUAUGUUGUUAUGACGUGUGACAGGUACCGGCAGGCCUCAGAAAGUGUUUGGUGACGACCUCACAUUGGUGAUGGUUAAACAGCGUAAGAAGCUGUCAAACUGGGGAUCUCCCUUCUGUGGUGAGCAUCACAGAAUCCGACUGGACGUUGAUGCUGGGAGCGCUGAAGCAUCCGUCUGGGCAAGCAGUACCUUCAGGAUUUGGGUGGCUGCGUUGCCGUCACGCAGACCUGGAGUGCUGCUCUUUUGGGGCAAGGGCCACUAGGGUUGUACCCGCAUGUAAUAUUUUAGCCUGGAA